AUGUCCGCUUCCACACUAUUCGCCCCACUGCCUCUGAUGCAGGCCGGUCCGCGAGAUCAGCAAUUAUCACACCCAAACCCCGAACCUGCUUACAGUCUUGAAGACCUUGUAAAUGACAUCAAAGAACAUUUGGGAACUUCCUCUGGCAUUGGUUCGGAAGAUGUUGAUGAAGAUUACUUAAUGUCUCUCGUCAAGAGAUAUGCGACAAACCCCAACGAUUGGGCCCGAUACUACUAUAACUGCCCGGGAAAGAACUAUACCCGCAAUGCCAUUGAGAAUAUUAAUCACAAGGCAAAUAUCCUCCUGUUGGUGUGGAAUCCUCUCAAGGGUUCUCCAAUUCACGACCAUGCCAAUGCCCACUGCAUCAUGAAGGUCCUAGCCGGGGAAUUGACGGAGACGGUAUAUUAUACCCCUUCAAGCACGGAUAAAGAGAAUGUCCCUCUCAAAGUCAAGAGUGAGAAGACAUAUCAAGCGGACCAAGUGACCUAUAUAUCCGACGACAUCGGUCUUCAUCGCGUACACAACCCGCAUCCCCAGAACGUUGCGGUUUCGCUGCACUUGUACACCCCACCUAAUGCUGCGGACAUUGGGUACAAUAUCUUCGACGAGUCGACAGGACGUGCAAGCUUUGUUUCGCAGGCCAAGGCUUUCAAGCCAUCCUCAUGA